ACCUUUGCAGUGUGACCCCUGAAAUCCUCGCCCCGGCCGCUAACGAGACACUGGAGCUGGCGCUGGGCAGCCGGGUGGCGCUGAACUGCACCGUGCGCUGGCCGGCCGCCGAGCGCUGCCAGCCCCUCCCCACCUGGCACCAAGAUGGGACGCCCGGGCCAGCGGCCACACUCACCGUGCCCUUCCCUGUCCUUGCAGAGGCGGCGGGGCACGUGCCCGCGGUGCUGGCAGCCAUCCUGGUCCUGGCGCUCCUGGUGCUCCUGACGGGGCUCUACAUCCGAUGCCGCCUGAGCGUGCUCCUCUGGUACCGGAACCGCUACGGCGAGCUGGAGAUCAACGACGGGAAGCUGUACGACGCCUACGUCUCCCACGCCACUGCCCCGGAUGACCGAAAGUUUGUCCACUUCAUCGUGAAGCCGCAGCUGGAGAACCGCUACGGCUAAAACGCUCUCCUUGGUGAAAAAAACUCGGAGCCCUCAGCCGACCUGAUCAUGAACGUGAGCCGGUGCCGGCGGCUCAUUGUGGUCCUCUCCGUCGCGUACCUGGAGCAAGACUGGUGCAACAGCAGCUUCAGGUAG